AUGUUCGAACCCGUAGUCGAAGCAUUCAAAUGGAUCUACUCAUGUCUCCCCAGCAAAAAUACCAAGUUCGAGCGACCGCGGCUGAACUUCAUCACUGUUCACUAUCUGUAUAUUCUCGGCAUGACCAUCAUAGGCUCCAUUUUGCUCUACCCUGCGGGUCUAAUGCCCUAUAUCGAUGCUCUCUUUUUUUCUGCUGGCAUGGCAACACAGUCGGGUCUUAACACCAUCGACAUCAAUACCCUUACUCUUUAUCAGCAGAUUGUGAUGAUGCUGAUGACCUGCUUAUGCACACCCAUCUUCAUUCACACCGUCGUUGUAUUCGUGCGCCUAUACUGGUUCGAGAAGCGCUUCGAACACGUUGUCAAGGAAAUUCGCGGCCAGCGCCAGACGCGCACUCGCUCGCUCCGAAGUGCCCGAUCGCAAAGUCGAGUCAGAGAGGACCAGAGCGAGCAGGAUCCUAGCAUGCUUGAAAAGGGUGUCAAUGGUCGACCCAUCAAGGUUCUGCAUGAAACUACUGUACCAAACGGAAUGAGCGGGCCUACAGCCCAGUCCGGAUUCGGGCCAAACCGCUCGGAGGACAAGCAUGGCAUGGACGCCCCUGUGGUCGACUCCGCGGCACCUCCAGCGCCGACAGAACAAGAGCACCCAGAAGCGAACCCUCAGUCCAACAUGACACGACAUAUCUCUUUCCUCGAGCAGCAACAAAAUAACGCCAAGAAGAGCGGCGCUUUACGGAUUCCAGGACCGAGAGAUUUUGAUCGUGGACAUCGCCCCGAAGAGCUGAACGAAGACCAGGUCAUGCUUCGUCGGCCUACCACCAUGUACUCAAUGACAGGUCAAUCGGAACAGCAGGAUACGCACGAUGAGGGCGAUCGCUCGAAUCGUGGCGACAUGCUCCAGCGCAAAGGCAUUUCUUUCAACGAACCACAACACCCAGGCCAUCGUGAUCGCGUUAGCGAAGAAGUCCCUGCUGCGACAACGACUUCACGUCUGGAACGAGUCAAGAACGAUAUCCUUCACCGGAAACGGAGCGGCCGUAGCUUACAGCUAGGAGAGAGUCGAAGUUUGGCCAGGACGUUCAAUAGCCUCGCUUCUGUGCGCACGAGAGAUCGGGUCGAGGAGCCCUCGCCAUAUUUGAGUUGGCAGGCGACCACAGGCCGCAACAGCAUGUUCCUUGGUCUGACCGAGGAGCAGCGAGAAGAGCUCGGAGGUAUCGAGUACCGUUCCCUGAAAACGCUCGCUACGGUCCUGCUAGGCUACUACAUUGGGUUCCACAUUCUGGGCGUAGUGGUUUUCACCCCUUGGAUCGUCAAGACCUCGCCGUGGACCGACAUUGUCUCAGGCCUUGGUCUCAACCCGGUCUGGUGGGGUAUUUUCACUCCGGCUUCCAUGUUCAACGACUUGGGUUUCACUCUCACGCCGGAUUCCAUGGUCAGCUUCCAAAACUCGGUCUUGGCAUUGUUUCUCGGCGCUUUCUUGAUCGUCAUCGGCAACACCGGCUUCCCGUGCAUGCUGCGAUUCAUCAUAUGGGUCCUGUCCAAGAUUGUUCCAUUCCAAAGUGGGAUCUGGGAGGAAUUGGAAUUCUUGCUCGAUCACCCUCGACGCUGCUUCACUUUACUCUUCCCUUCCAAGGCUACGUGGUGGCUUUUUUGGGUGUUGGUGCUGCUCAACGGCAUCGACCUGCUCUUCUUCGUAGUCCUCGAUCUCAACAACACCCCAGUCUCGGAUUUAUCGGCCGGCUUCAAGAUUCUCAAUGGUUGGUUCCAAGCGGUGUCGACCCGCACGGCCGGCUUCGCAUGUGUCAAUCUUGCCGCGCUGCAUCCUGCAGUACAGGUCAGCUACAUGAUCAUGAUGUACAUCUCCGUGUUCCCUAUUGCCAUCUCCGUCCGUCGAACCAACGUCUACGAGGAGAAGUCGCUGGGUAUCUUCGGCGGCGAGGAGGAGCUCAACGAAGAGGGCGAGCCGAGCUACGUCGGUCACCAUUUGCGUCGACAGCUCUCAUUCGACUUGUGGUAUAUCUUCCUCGGUCUAUUCAUCAUCGCCUGGGUGGAAGGUGACCGGAUCGAAGACACCAACCAGCCAGGCUUCACCAUGUUCGCCAUCCUCUUCGAGAUCAUUUCCGCUUACGGUACCGUCGGUCUUUCUCUCGGCUACCCAGGCAUCAAUGCAUCCUUCUCUGCCGAAUUCCGCGUCAUCAGCAAACUGGUCAUCUGCGCCAUGAUGAUCCGCGGCCGCCACCGCGGUCUCCCCUACGCCCUCGACCGCGCCAUCCUCCUACCUAGCGAGAAACUCCAGCAGAAGGAAGCCGCCGAAGCCGCCCGCCGCUACAACCGCAACAACAGCAUCGGCUUCUCCGCCUCUCAGUACGACCUCGAUGAAUACGGCCUGCCCAUCCAGCACAACCAGCAUGGUCACACCGUUGCGGCUCCCGGCGCUGGAGGUAAUGGCGCAAACAUGGAACCUGUCAUUUCACACGCUAGCGGAACUGGUGUCGGUAUGGACGCUCGUAGUCUGGCGUCGCGAAGGGCCAGUGUCAUGAGCACCAACAGUCGUACCUCACAGCCACCACCGCCGCCGAGGACAAGGCGUAGGAGCCUGGCUCGAUUUUUGGCGAGCGGGCUCUCGGCUGGACCGACGCUCUCGAAACACGAUUGAGCAGUCCGACUCACGGCGAUAAGACUUUUAUUUCAUUUUCGUGACCCUUUCUUCUCUUUUUUUAAACCAUUUCUCUUGAAUGUGAUUGUGAUUUCCUUUUCUCUGUUUUCAAACUCGAUCUUGGGCUGGCGAGGCGUUCGGUGUUUUACGAGCUGGAGAUGCUCAGCCAGGCUCCCACGGCAGUAACUGUGCGGUGGAAGGACGACCUCCCUUGGCCGUGUUGGAAACAAAACUCACAGUGAGAGUUGUGAUUUGGGUUCACGAGUGUAGCAGGCAACGUUGAAGAGACUGCUCACUAUAUCUUUGUAUGGCAAUCUCCAAACAAAACGUGCUGCGGCACAUUAGAACAUAUAGAGAAAGCAAAUUAAUUGCCGCUCGUCGCUGGCAUAGAAAAAGUAACGAGAUCGAGACCUCGCUCUUCCCCAUCGCCUUCAUACAUCCAUCGGGAGUUUCUGCUCUCCGACCGAUCAUAUAAAGGCC